AUGACACUCUAUUCUACAUUGUUUUCACAAUGACAAACAUUUCUUGAUAUGUCCGACUGUUCAUACUUGGUCAGGUCUUUGGCAUCAAGAUAUUCAUCUGAAAGAAAUAUAUAUAUGGAAAAUUGACUCAUGUGCACUGUACAGCUUAUUACCAGUACAAGAGCAUUUUUUUUUUACUCUGUCAGUGUCACAGUUCAAGCAUUUCCCAUCAGCAGCUAAAAAUGAAUAAAUGUGAUUCUGAUGAUUGGUGUAUCAAAUUAACUUGCAGAGAUAUUAUCAGCAAUGUAUCCAGGAUCAUUGAAAUCAUUGUGUAUCCUGUAUUAUCUUCACCAACAACUCAACAAGAGGACAUUCUUAUACAUAGAAGAGGGAUCUUGAGAAACCUAAUGCGGUUUGAAGUUUUUAGACUGUUGUCAUUUAGACCUAUUAAUGAUGCUGUUAUGGUUGAUUCUAAUUUUAGUGCAAUUCAGUUUGCUCAAGAAGGUUUCUAUGAUGCCAGUGGAUUAGGGCAUUAUUGCUGUUUUAGUUGUAAUUAUACAUUUACUGAUGUAAGUGCCAACAGACAUCAUCAUGUUAAUUGUAGGCAUCUUGUGGACAGUGUAUCCAUCAGAGAUCGUGGUCAUUUGUUAACUUCUAAUAUGUUUACCUUAUUUAAUUCCAUUUUCUCAAACCCCUCCAAUCAGCCUUUUGUCUCAGAAGAUGACCAUGACAUCCAUCCACAAAGGGGGAGGGACAACUUGAAUGCAGUCAACCAUCUUCUUCCUCGCAAUGAAACACUUCCGGUGUAUGCAUUUCCAGAAAUUUAUAUUGAUAAAAAUGAUGGUAUUAAUGUUUCUGAAAAUCAAUUUGGUAACUCUUUUGCGAUUUCAAAUUCUCAAGAAAGAGAGGAUCACUCUGUACAAGUAUCAGCUAAUCGUCUGAUGUUAAAUGGAGCACCACAAGGUGUUGCAUUAUCAUCUGAAAACACAGUGACUCAGUUACAACACAGUUUACCAACAUACGUGAAUGAAGUUUCUGGCUCUGUAGGGAUUCAAGAAAGUGAUGCAGCAGAUUCCGUAGUAUUACUCACCUCUUUAUCUAUAAAGCCUGUCCCAUUUACUCACACACCAAGUCAAGCUGCUAUUAUUUCAAAAACCACUGCAGAAAAAACAAUGAAUGCACAAAAUCCUCCAGAAGAGGGUGCUGUGGGUGGACAUACUGCAUCAAUUGAGUUAAGUGGAGCAUCAUAUCCACAGUUUGCCAGCAGCUCAGCUAGAAGAGCAACAUUUACUGGAUGGAAUCCUGACCACCCUCAACGUCCUGAUGAUCUUGUUGCUGGCGGAUUCUUUUAUGCAGGUUAUGCUGACUAUGUAAAAUGUUUUUACUGUGGCUUAGGGCUAGGAUGCUGGACACCCAGUGACAUUCCAGCAUACAGGCAUGCUAGCUUUCGUCCCAACUGUUCUUACAAUAGAACAAUCAAUGGUCAGGAAGCACAGAGAGGUGGAGAUUCUGGCACUCCUAAUAAUACUUCAAUUAGUAGAAUUGAAUCUGCUAGGACUGAAACUGACACAUCUUUUAAUUGCACAGACAGCCAACUCUUAGCUAUUAGCAAUGUGCCACCAUAUGCUAACAGGAAAAUUAUUGAAAAUCCACACACACCAGCAGUUGACCCCAGCACGAGUCUUCUGAAAGAGAAGCUAUAUGCCUUACAGAGGGAGAACCUUUAUCUGACUAAACGAAUCCAGUGCUGCAUAUGUCACUGUAACCAUGUUAACUGUGUAUUUCUACCAUGUGGUCAUGCCUUAGCAUGUCAAAGUUGUGCCAAGAAAGAAAUAGGCCUACAUUGUAGACUCUGCAAACAACUAAUUCAAGAUACUUUAAAAUUUUAUUUAUAGCAUAGUGCAGCUUUAAACAAUAAAGUUACACUUUAAAAUUUUUUAGUCUCUUUUGAAAGCAAGGUUAGAGAGAUUUUGUUUGUAACAAGCUUGCAGAGGUAUUAAUAUUUUCUCUGUCCCAUAAUGACAUCCUUGUGAGAAUGUCUUAUAUAGGGAAAAGAAACUUAAUUUCCUGUGGACUUCCUCAGUGCUAAGUAUUUGGUAAGAAAGGCUCUUAUCCUUGUCCUAUCCACUUUGCAGUGGCAGCAUUUCGACAGUUAGUGAGGGUAAAAUUUUGUAUUUUUAAUAUACUGAUUCCUAAAUCAGGCAGCAAAGUAAUGGACAUUAACUUGGUAGAAUGUAGACAUUUUUUUUUCACUUCCAUUAAAAAUGUCUAGUCCUGAGUUUAGUUAUCUCAUGCAGCCUGUGUUAGAGAAGUUAUUAAAUUUAUUAACAUAAUUUCAGACAGCUUUAAUGUGGACACUAUUUGUGCAAAGUAUAAGGUCUGUUUGGUGAGAAUUUGGAUUAAAGCUUGAUAAUCACAGAAAGGACAGUUUUUAGCUUUGCUGUGACUGGUGAUCAUUGUUUUUUCUGAUCACUAUUUUAUGCAUAUAUUGUACAUAAGUUGUUCAUUAAUUUAUUCUUUAUUGUCAUCUUUUUGCUGUGAUUGGUGAUCAUUGUUUUUUUUUAUCACGAUUUUAUGCAUAUAUUGUGUUCAUUAAUUUAUUCUUUAUUUUGAUACAUGAUUCUCAUCUACCAUUGAAAUAUAAUUUUAUACUAUUUACAUAGCUGUAUUUUUUAAUUUAUUUUUUUGUUCACUGUAUAUUAGUGGAUGGAUAUUUUAAACAAAAAAUGUUUUUGUAAUGAAUUAGUUAUAAGCCUUAUUAGCUUGUAAAUGUGAAUUUUUUCGUAUUAGUUGAGUGGUAUUUUCUUUCAUUUGCUUUGAAUUUCAUCUAGUUAUUGCUACCUUAUAAAUGAUCUGAAUCAGUCAUUAAGUGCAGAAAACAUUAGCUUCCUUACUUGAAUAUCUUCAAAAUUGUGAUAUCAGAAAGAUAAAUGUCAAGAGCUUUGAAAACAAAAUGUUGCAAUAUUAAUGUGUUCUUGUUUUCAUUACUCUGAUCAUUAUUUUGGUUGUUAACUUCAUAGAAGCUCCUCAAUGUUCACCUUUUCACCAACUGGUGUGCCUUAACAACUAUCAUUGUUUUUUUAUCACUAAUUGUUUGGUCUUUCAAGAAUUAAUGCCCUGAUAAACAAACUGGUUGAGAUAAAUCUUUUUAUGUUAUAGAAUAGGGUAUUCAUUUUUUUUUU